AUGAAGCAGAUAAACAAACAACUAUUGGGGGAGCUGGAGCUGGUCCUAGAUCUACGCAUACGGGCUACUCCUAGCUCCCUAGUUAUCCGUGGUGUCUGUAACGGGCGUGGUGUGUGUAAGUGCGGUCGUUGGUGCCAGGACUCUGGCCUGGCCAUGACCACCUGCGAGGCUAACUUUCAGGCUCAGCUGGGGAUGUGUGAGGACAAGAGGAGCUGUGUCCAGUGUCAGGCCUGGAAGACCGGCGAGAAGAAGGACCGACAAGUGCGACAGUGCCAGUUCAAAGUGGUCAUGGUGGACGAGCUCAAGGAAAAUAAAGAGGUGAUUGAGGCGUGUAGUUUCCGUGACGAGGAUGACGACUGUAUACACUACACCGUGGACUACCCUGAGGACCAGACUGACAAGGCUGAAGUCCAGGUGCUCAAAAAGAAAGACUGUCCCCCUGCUGGCUUCCUGUGGCUGAUCCCGCUCAUCAUGUUCCUCAUGCUACUGCGUCUACUGCUGCUCUGCUGCUGGAAGUACUGCGCCCUGCAAAGGUACUGUCCAGCAUGUCUUGCUCUACUGCCAUGCUGUGGAAGAGGCCGUAUGGUUGGCUUUAGAGACCAGUACAUGCUCCGCCAACCCUGCUCACCUCUGACCACCUGCGACACGCCCCUAGUGAGGACCGGCCCGCCCAAGAGCACCGACGUGGUUCGCUGGAAGAUCACCGACAAUGUGCACCGAUCGCCCAAUCACCCGCUGGCGCAGGUCCAGCCAAACCCCAAAGAGACCAUCCAGUUCCCUCUGUCCCUGCGUCUGAACAGGUUGUUCACAGAAAGUCUGUCUCACCCCGACGCCAGAGACACGGAGAUGCUACGCAGGGAGGUUGAUGACAACCUGAAUGAAGUGUACAAGCAUGUUCCUGGAGCCCAGAAGGUUCAGAAGACCAAAUUUAGAUUACAGAGAAAUGCUGGUAAAAGAAAAGACCACACAAUUGUAGACACAGUCGUGUCCGCUCCUCGCUCCAGCUACCCCGACAUCGUCAAAUUGACUGAGAAAAACGUCCAGUCUGGAAACUUCCAAGAUCUCAAAGUGGUGCCGGGCUACUACACAGUGGCCACAGACAAAGAGGCGGCUGGUGCCGUGGAGUUCCAGGAGGGGGUGGAGACAGUAGAUGUGCGCGUGCCGCUCUUCAUCAAGGAAGAUGACGAUGAUAAGAAGAAGCUYCAGGUGGAGGCGGUGGACGUUCCUCUGGGCAUCGCUGAGAUAGGGAAACGCUUCGUCAACAUCACCAUCAUCAAAGAACACGCCAAGAGUAUUAUGACGUUCCUCCAGCCCUCCUACACCUACAGCCGACAGGACGGAGUGGCUAACAUCCCCAUUAGCAGAGAGAUCAUAGAGGACGGACACACACAAGUCACCUACCGCACCCGAGACCUCACCGCCAAGGACAAGAAGGACUAUGUGACAGUGGAUGGGGAACUGUCCUACGGGCCAGGGGAGACCCAGCAGAGUCCUGUGCGUCUAUUGGAGCUGGGAGAGGGAGACGGUCUGCUGAAGGACAACCAUGUCAAACAAUUUGUCAUGGACCUCAGUAACCCAAGACAGGGAGCCAAGCUGGGACGCUACCCUAGAACCACUGUCACCAUCACUGACAACCCAGAGCCCAGUGUGAUGAUGUUUAUGAAGAGCACCCAGAACUUCUCCACCGCCGACCCGACCUACUCCAUCCCCGUGGUCCGCACARGCAACCAGGAGGGGCCUGCCACCGUCCACUGGAAGACCCGCAAUGCCAAGCGCUUCGAGCUGUCCGGUCCCCUCAAGUUUGCUCCCGGGGAGACUGAGAAGAACAUCGUGAUCGACCCGCGCCCUCACCCUGGACCGGUCAAACCAGAGUCCUUCCAGCUGGAGUUGUUUGACCCCAGUACGAACGGCGCGGUCGGGGAGAGGAAGACGACAAUGGUCACGAUUACUGAUGGAGCAUUACCAGAGAUUGCCCAGAAGCAGCAGCAGGGUAAGGACUUCAUCAACCGGACAGCCAUGUCUCCUGGUGGUCGUCUCUUCUCUCCCACCAACGUGAAGGCUAAAGCCACUGGCCCACGAAACAUCCGUCUCAACUGGGACCCCUUAGGAAGCCCCCUGGGCUACAAGGUGAAGUAUUGGAUCUAUGGGGACCCUGAGACUGAUGCCCAGGUGAUAGAUGUGAAGACCAACCACGCUGAGCUGACCAACCUGUACCCCUUCUGCGACUACGAGAUGAAGGUGUGUGGCUACAACGCCCUGGGAAACGGAAACUACAGCGACAUGGUGCCCUGUCAGACCCUGGAGGACGUCCCCAGUGAGCCCGGUCGUCUUGCGUUCAACGUCAUCAGUCCAACUGUCACUCAGGUCAGCUGGGCGGAGCCUGCCGAGACCAACGGUGUCAUCACCAACUACGAGGUCCUCUACACACCCAUCAAUGACAACACAAAGCCGAUGGGUGUAGCUAAGAAGGUGAAGAUAGACAACCCUAAGAAGAGGAUGUUGCUAAUUGAGAACCUGCAGUCGGCCCAGACCUACUGCUAUAAGGUCCGGGCUAAGAACAGCAUUGGCUGGGGUCCAUUCAGAGAGGCAACCAUCAACCUGGCCUCACAGCCCGUCAGACCCAUGUCCAUCCCUAUCAUCCCAGACAUCCCAAUAGUGGACGCGGAGGCGGGGGAUGAGUACGACGGCUACCUGAUGUACAGCAGUGAGGUCAUGAGGUCGCCAACAGGCUCCAAGAGACCCAGCGUCUCAGACGAAGACCAAAUGAACGGCAGGUGGGAACAAAACUUCCUGUUCCCCGGGGGAAAUAAUUCCAUGUCGCGCAGUGCCAAUAUGUCGUCUUCCAGCUACAGCCAGCUGUCUCCCAUGUCCACCCUCAGCUCCAACCACAGAGGAGGGGCCGGGGGUUCCAUGACUACGGAGUCCUCCACGACAUACCACUCUGGACAAGGAGGGAACUCGCUCUCCCGCACACAGAUUAUCGGGGGCGGGAUGCGCACAGAGAAUGUUGUCAUGAGGAAGCGGUCAGAGAACAGAGGUUACUAUGAGUAUGAUGACAACAUCCGAGAUUCCAUCGUCAUAGGAGACCUGUCCAGUGGAUUGUCGGGAUACACAGACGGCAAAAGUACGUAUGGCUUCAGCCCCACUCAGACACAGUACAGCUACAGUAUGUCUCAGGUCUUGCGGGGCAGGACCCAGUCUGAGGAUGUCAACGAUGCGCUACUGAAUCUGGACAGGGUGCUCCAGGACUCUCGUUUGGCCCCUGGGGUCCCUGACACCCCCACCAGGUUGGUGUUCUCUGCCCUGGGCCCCACGGCCCUGAAGGUCAGCUGGCAGGAGCCCCACUGUGACAGGGAUGUGCUGGGGUACUGUGUCCUCUACCAGCUACUCAAUGGAGGUGAUAUGAAGCGUAUAGAUGUGUCCAGCCCAGCAGAGAACUCUGUGGUGGUGCAGGACCUGCUACCUAACCACUCCUACCUGUUCAAGGUGAAGGCUCAGAGUCUGGAGGGCUGGGGACCAGAGAGGGAGGGAGUCAUCACCAUAGAGUCAGCCGUCAACCCCAACAGCCCACUCAGUCCAAUGCCAGGUUCUCCCUUCACUCUCAGCACCCCCAGUGCUCCAGGCCCCCUGGUGUUCACAGCUCUGUCCCCCGAGGCACUGCAGCUGAGCUGGGACAAACCCCGCAAACCCAACGGCGAUAUUCUGGGCUACGUGGUCACCUGUGAACAGCUGCACGGAGGAGGUGACAUGCGCUCCUUCCAGGUGAGCGGUAACAGCGCUGAGACCAGUCUGACGGUUCCGGACCUGAGUGAGAACAUGCCAUACAAGUUCAAAGUUCAGGCCAGGACGACCCAGGGCUUCGGGCCCGAGAGGGAGGGUAURAUCACCAUCGAGUCUCAGGAUGGGGGUAGCACGUCUCAAAUAGGUGGAAUAGGAGGCACGUCUCAAAUAGGUGGAAUAGGAGGUAUGUCCCAAAUAGAAGGCCUAGGAGGUAUGUCUCAACUCGGAGGCCUAGGAGGUAUGUCCCAAAUAGGAGGCCUAGGAGGUAUGUCUCAACUCGGAGGCCUAGGAGGUAUGUCUCAACUCGGAGGCCUAGGUGGUAUGUCUCAGUACAGCAGUCAGUCCUUGACCAAGAGAGAUGUGUACCAACUUCCUACAGAGGGCAGCACACACACCAACGUCACACACACCAUGAUCAACGACCCCUACUUCUCAGGAGACGGUAUGAUGAUGACUUCCCAGCACACAGAGACCAGCGGCAUGGUAACACGUCAUGUGACUAAGGAGGUGGUCCAGAGGAGCAUGCAGGUGGCCGGCUCCAGCAGCGUCACCAAGAAGGUCGAGAGGUCGUUCUAUGAGGCCUGAGGUCAAAGGUCAACAACAAGAUGGCGGUGUCCCUGGGUUCCAACACAUCCUGCUCACCUCUCUGUCUGUUACAGUGGAUCCUGUCCUGUCCUGCCCUCUGUCUGACAUGGGAUUAAUUUCAUUCUUUUGUUUAUAGUUUUUGUCUCUUGUUUCUAUUUUGUUGAAAACAUUUUACAUUCAAAGAACUCUACCACCCCCACAGAGGUCUUGUUGGAAGUUUGUCAUUUUUAUACACAAUACUCAUGGCUCCCUCUAUUGGUUCUGGCUGGUAUUACGCCCAGAGGCUUUAGAUUAGGCUGUUACGCUAGUCUGAGGUCGUAUCACAAUAGUUUAAAGUAGAGCCCGCACUGGUGUUAAUAUCUCUUGGCAGAGAUUAGCUGAGAGAUAAUGGAGGGAGAGUGUGUACAAGUGUUUAUCCUGGCUGCCUGCUAGAUGUCUUGAAAGAUGGCUGCAGUUUGUUAAAUUGAUUACACUUUAAAAAAAAUACAUUUUAGUCAUUUAGCAGACGCUCUUGUCCAGAGCGACUUACAGUUAGUGCAUUCAUCUUAAGAUAACUAGGUGGGACAACCACAUAUCACAGGUUGUCUCAUCUUUGUAGCAACCGCCUGCCAGUACACUUAACUAUGUUUGUUUGUAGGGGCUCAUAGAGAAUUGUAUUGUUAGAUUGUUGGUGAUACUCACAGUCAUUACUAUUACAAACAUGAAAUAUAAUAGGCUGACGUGUUUUCUUUGUCAGAAGAGAUUGAAUUGAAACGUUGAUGCCAAAUACUGUAUUGCGAUGUAUUGUUUGUGUAAAAAUAUGUUUCCUAUGGUUUUGCAUAUUUCUUUUUUUUGUACAUUUUCCAUGCUGAAGAAAGUUAAAGAGAUUCUCUGGUACUUGUGUAUACUUUUUAGCCAGUAGUUCUGAAGGUAGCGCUCACAAGCCAAAAGUGGUCCCCGAAAAUUCCGUACUAUGUCACAUAUCUGCAGAUAUGUGCACCACGUCAUUGCUCUCUCUCYCGCGCUGCUGUGUGUGCUAUCUUGCUAUCUGGCACUCAGAUGGCGAGGGGCUGAAGCUCAUUGGCUGAAACUCGCCCCACAUUGGGCAAAAUGUAGAGAAGAUGGAGCUGCACAGCUUCCAGAAAUCAGUCUCUAUCAAAUUAGGAAUUUCGUGGCUAAUUGAGAUAAAACAGUAAUUCUGCUCAUAGAUUCUGCAUGUAUGAAUUACACAUUGACACAUCCAGCCCAAAUUAGGAGCUUUAAAAAAUACUUACUAGUCGCCAAAGUUCCGGAGCAUGUCUUUAAUUAAUCCAUAAUGUAGAUAUAACAUCAUAAGGUGUAAUGUAACAGUAUUUCAUACUUUAAAUGUUUAUCUCAUUACUGUAUAAUUGUUUUAAAAAGAGUACUUCGGUCUACAAGCAUGUUAUGCCUAACUAAUAUAUUCUAGCAUAGAUAGAAAACUUGGUCAUGAUAUUUCAGAGGGAUAUGUUUUGUGACAAAAAGAUUGUAUUCUCUUUAUAAUGUAUUUUUACACCUAUGCUGUGCUUUGGUUCAAUUCUAAAUACUGUCCAUUGGUAUACUGUCUGUUGUAACAAGUCCUUACACUUAGUGAGAUAUAUGGCGAAAAUAAUUAUACUGGUCGAAUUUAGAAAAAAAAGUCAUGAUAUUUCAUAAAUAUACCAAAAAUAAAUGUUUAUACUUUGUCAUCAAUUACUUCAUGUAACGUCCAUACAAUAAUCUGCUGUUUGUUUUUUAUAUCUGGCAUGUCCAUUUUAUGGCAUUUAAUAAAGAUUGAAUAUGAACCUCAA